AAGUUUACUCUACAAGUACCUGGAUCCCCUUGCGCGGGCACGGCAGUCUCAGCGAGCAGGACAGCAGACAUGGUGGGAUUUGUCAGGACAGCGAUCGUCGUCAUCUGUGUGGCGUCAUCUGUCUUGGCACAGUCUGACGGCACGAACCCAAAUAACUGCCCCUACGCCUGCCAGAUAUCGGAGAGAUAUACCGAGGGAUGUGGUUGGCUCAACUGGUCCAGAUGCUCCAAAUACAGGAUGAAGACGUCCAUCUGCUACAAGCCGUGCGCCACAACAGCAACACCAUCAACAACGACACCAGAGUGCAUUGAGUACCCCUGUCUCAUGUUCCACGACAACUUCGACACACUGGACUUCAAAGUGUGGGAACACGAGCUGACGGCUGGUGGGGGAGGGAACUGGGAGUUUCAGUUCUACACCAACAACCGCACCAACAGCUACGUCCGCGAUGGCGUCCUCUACAUCAAACCCACGUUGACGGCGGACCAGUUUGGCGAGGCCUUCCUCACAUCCGGAAAACUUGAACUGUGGGGUGGAGGCCCUCACGACACCUGUACCGGCAACGCCUUCUACGGCUGUGAGCGCACCGGCAGCAACGCCAACAUCAUCAACCCCAUUCAGUCCGCCCGGCUCCGGAGCUCCAGGGGUCUGAACUUUAAAUACGGCAAGGUGGAAAUAUCGGCUCAACUCCCAAAGGGAGAUUGGUUGUGGCCCGCCAUAUGGAUGCUGCCGACGUACACGGAGUAUGGCCGUUGGCCGGCGUCCGGCGAGAUUGACAUCAUGGAGAGCAGAGGUAACCGACACUACUACGACGCGAAUGGUCGCUCUGUCGGGGUGGACGCUUACGGCAGCACUCUUCACUUCGGCCCCGACUACUUCAACAACGGCUGGUCACGUGCCCACCAGUCCUGGUAGGUCCGACUUGUUCGCGAUCUGACAA